ACGGGAUCCAGGAAAAGCACAGCUCUACUAGCCCACUGCGAACGUCUGUCAGUGACCCCUGUGCUUGGCAUUGGGAAUCAUCCUGUCACCCACUCAUCCUGAUAUAUCCUGUAUAAUAGUCCCGCAUUUUACCAGCAAACACUGUCUGUGUGUUACCGGUGGAACAAAGAGAAAAGCGUAUACUGACCAAGGAAAAUAUGUGCAGUUUAGGAUCCUUCUUACAAAAGGGCAAGCUGGGCACGACAGCUGCUGUUGCAUGGCGAGGUCUGACGUCCUGUGCACAGGCGAAAGCUACAUUUGUUACUGGUCCACGUCAGACGGACACUACUUUCUAUGAAUUCCGCACGUAUACCAUAAAGCCAUCAAUGAUGAAUGAGUUCAUGAGACUUACUAACGAAAAUAUCCAUUUGCGUACUGCAUACUCAGAUCUGAUUGGCUACUGGACGGUGGAGCUUGGAGGACUGAAUAAGGUGUUCCACAUUUGGAAAUAUGACAGCUUUGCACAUAGAACAGAAGUUCGAACAAAGCUUUUCCAAGACAAAGAUUGGUUGGACAAAUAUAUAUCUAAAGCAAUACCCAUGGUAGACAAACAGGACAAUGAAAUUGUGUAUUUGGUACCGUGGUGCAAAAUGCAGACACCUGAAAAACAAGGGGUCUAUGAGAUGGUCACUUUUUCUUUUAAACCCGGAGGGCCUGCAGUGUGGGGUAAAUCGUUUAGGGCUGCUAUUUCAACCCAUGUAAACACUGGUUACACAAAGCUUGUUGGCUUAUUCAACACAGAGUAUGGAUUUCUUAACCAAGCCCAUGUACUUUGGUGGAAUGAAAACCCAGACAUCCGAGCAGCUGGCAGACAUUUGGCUCAUGAAGAUGCCAGGGUGGUAGCAGCUGUGAGAGAAAGUGUACAAUUCCUGGACUCUCAGAAGAAUAAACUGCUGAUUCCUGCUCCAUUUUCACCACUUAAAUAAAUUCCAGGAAUAAUGAUUUUACUGUGUUAUGUAUUAAAGUCAAGCACUUUACUUUAAAAUCUGCCACAUCAUCCUAUUUUAAUUAUCUAAAAAUAUAUAUAUUUGAAAUAAAAUUAAAGUGUCAAUA